GUGCAUGACAGUUGGCUGGAUCUGUCGUCAGCUGACUACAGCAAACGCUUUCAAGACAUCCACGCUAAGCUGACAUUUGAGACCGUGGCGAUGAAAUCUGGUUUGCAGACCGAAUACCAUUUGGUCUCCAAGGAGAAUCUGCACAAGAACAGCCUUUGGGGCUCCAAAGCAGUGGUGGGCGUUGUAGGCAUCGGAAAAUGUUCCCUAAACGAGGCCGUGAUACUAACCGGGCGUCGCCGUGGAAAACCGACGUUGGCACUGAGUUUGGAUGUCUGCGGGAACUACAGUGGGUUCCUGGUGCCACUUUAUAAUGUAAAGGUCGACCAUCAGUUUCAGUGCAUGGAUCAAGUGCUUAUGCAGUGGUUGGAAUCAAGUCUCAGGGAAUUCAGUUCCGGUAAUCAGUCUUCCAGUGCUCACAAAAACAGAGUUGUGCCUUUGGCCUCCAAAAUAGUGACAGGAGGUGAAGGGUAUCACCUUACGUACCUCAACUGCGUUGGAUCAGAUGCCAUCCUGGGUGAUGGUGAAGUGGAACUGGAGGCUUAUCCUCUGAGGAUGUUGAUGGAAAUCGGGAGGAAAUUCCUUCACGGGAAGAAGCUGAUAGUUGCAACUAUUCAUCGGCCACCAUUUGCAAUCCUGGAGAUGUCUGGCAGCAACAUUGUUGGUGCCAAAGGAUUCUGCUAUGAGAUGCUGAACUCAAUGGCACGGAAAUUCAACUUUACGUACAGUCUGGUUCCACCCUAUGACGGAAACUGGGGAGGUCUAAUGCCCAAUGGGUCAUUCAAUGGCUUGGUGGGCAUGGUGCAACGCAAGGUGGUAGACUUUGCCCUGGCCAGCAUAACCAUGACCUACAUCCGUGAGAGAGUCAUUGACUUCACCCAUCCAUUCUUCGAGGAACCAACAGCUAUCUUAAUCCCUCCACCAAAGGAACAAGAUAACUUCUUGGCCUUUUUGAAUCCCUUCUCAUGGCAGGUCUGGCUCUUGAUUCUUGCAAGCACAAUUGUAAUAGGAUGGUUCAUGUGGUUGCUGUCAGUUUUGAAUGAUUCCCUCUUAGUACAGCCAGAGAAAGGGAGUAACAGCAUGCCAUUUUAUUAUUACAUCUGGGCUUGCGCAUUUUUGCUGACUACACAGAGUAUCCGCUUGAAGCUAGAAGGCCCAGUGAUGAUUUUGAAUGGGUUUUGGGUCUUUUCAUGUGUGAUUUUCAUAUACACCUACACUGGAAAUCUGAUUGCGUUCUUGACAGUGCCCCAGAUGAGCAAUGUCAUUAAAUCCUUGGAAGAACUUGCAAAUCAGAGAGAGAUCCUGUGGACAUAUAGAUCUAACUCUGCCCAUGAGACAUUGUUCGCUAAUGCUCCAGCACCAGGGACCUACUACAAGAUAGGUGUGCUCCUGAAGGAGAGACCUGAUCUCUUUGUCACAAGUGACAUGGGUGGUGUUGAGGCUGUUCUUCGAGGCAGGACUGCUUUUAUUAAGGAGAAAUCUUGGCUAGACUUUGCAAUGGAGAGCGAUUACCUGUCAACAAAGCAGUGCCGAUUAUUUCAAGUGAGGGACUACUUCUUCAGUGCUGGUUAUGGAUGUGUCCUUCAGCAGAAUGCUGUGUACCUCAGGCUCUUUAAUGCAGAGGUAUUACGAAUGAUGCAGAAUGGCCUGUUUGCUGUCUGGCAACGAAAGUAUUGGCCCAGACCAAACGAGUGCUCCAGCAUCAAACGCUCUGCAACUGGCUCCCGUGCCCUUCAUCUUGGCAACUUUUCUGGACACUUCUUCCUCUACAGCAUUGGUUUAGGUUUGUCUUUUAUUGCUCUUUUGCUGGAAAGGAUGUACUACCAUUUCUUUUCUCCAAAAGAGUAACUUAUCUGCUUUUAACUUUCGUCCUUUGAUGGUUCGUUUCCUUGCUUUCCUUGUAUGGUGUUUUUACGUUGCACGGAACCAGUGGUUAUUCAGCAACGGGACCAACGGCUUUACGUGACUUCCGAACCACGUCGAGAGUGAACUUCCAUCACCAGAAAUACACAUCUCUCACUCCUCAAUGGAAAGGCCGAGAAUCGAACUCGCGGCCACCGAGGUGGCAGGUCAAGACCAAACCGAUCAAGCCACUGAGGCACUAUUUUUUUAUGGUUCGUGACAUUUUUAGUAUCCUGACAGCAUCACAGAAUUCACAGACCUUUUUCCUGAGAAUGAUGAUUGUAAUGUGGAUAGAUCUUGCAACCUCAUUUAAUUCAUAGGUUAUCUUUCCUA